CUUAGUUUUCUGUAAAGUUGCUUUGCAAUGAUUUGUAUCGUAAAAAGCGCUAUACAAAUAAACUUGAAUUGAACUGAAUUGAAUUUCUUUAACUGCGCUCGGAAUUGUCCCCCUUAUUAAAGUUGGCAAAGCAAUUUUUGACUUAGGGCCUACGUUUUUAAGCUAAAAUCUUACCAUGGAAUAUAUCUUUAAUACUUGCUAGAUAGAAAGAUAUACAGUCACUUGUCUUCUUAAUCACCAGCCAUUUACUUUCAGAAUGUAAAAGCAUUAUUUCUAACGAUCUGUUUCGACCUCACUCUGACCGUCACUACGGUCUUAAUAGAAUGAUAACCUUUGUUCCGCCUAAUAAGACCGUAGUGAACGUCAUCCUUCGGUCUUAUAGAUACAUAUUCAUAACUUACUGUCUCUCAAAGACGCAUCUUUCGGUGUUCUACUGCCCUCUUUAGGCAUCAUGAUGCCAUGGAUUCUCAAAGACCGCUACAUCCUAUAAAUUAAGAAAUAUUACCGAGAUGCGAUGUUAUUCAUGACUCUCCAGGUUUGAUGUGAUGAGAGAAACUAAACGACGCACAAAACAUCUCUAAGAAACCAAAAUACCAUUUUGUCAGAUUAUUAACAAAAUACCAUAAAGACGAAAUAAAACGUGUCACAUCUUACAAAGCCUGACUCUUAAUUCAGACCAAUUUGUUUGGCUCUUUUUGGCUCAUUGUGCAUGUACAGAAUAGCCACAAAUCAUCCCCGCGGUCCGUGUUUGAUUGCUGCUCCAACAGUCUCAGUGGGUGAUGUUUGGUGAAAUCUCACGCGUCUUUGCUUCAGUUCCCUCACUGCGAGACCAGCAGCACGCUGAUAAACACUCGCGAGCCACGCGAAUUUAAAACGCUGCGACAUAAACUCAACACAUGCUACACGAAACCUGACAUAUCUGAGAUAUAUUACAAGAAGUUGGUGGAUUAUCGGAGUAACUGGAGAAGUUAUGCUUUUUUCCCUGACCAUCGCAAAAGCUUAAAAAUGAAUCCUCAUUGCGCGCGCUGUGGGAAAAUUGUCUACGCAACAGAGAAAGUGAACUGCCUGGACAAGAAUUGGCACAAAGGAUGCUUCCAUUGUGAGGUGUGUAAAAUGACUCUCAACAUGAACAACUACAAGGGAUAUGAGAAGAAGCCCUACUGCAACGCGCACUAUCCAAAACAGACCUUUACAAUUGUGACAGACACCCCUGAGAACCUACGGCUGAGACAGCAAAGUGAGCUGCAAAGUCAGGUCAAGUACAGGAAGGAUUUUGAACAGAGCAAGGGUCGGGGCCUCAAAUUUGUCCUGGAUACUCCAGAGCUACAGAGACUGAGGAAGGCCCAGGAUCAGAUCAGUAAUGCAAAGUAUCAUAAGGAUUUUGAGGUGUCAGGUUUGCAUGGGGUCUCUCAGGGAACGCGUGGGUCGUAUCCGGUACGGGCUCAGAUGACGUCUAACCAUGAGACGGUGGGGAACAGCACACACAAGGGUGUCCAUCAGUACAUCAUGGAGAUGGAUCGAAGACCCGGCGUCAUUGUGGGUAAGUUCUCUAAUGUUAGAUGCUCAAAUCCGGUACUGCACCCAAAAAAAGUGAAAAGAACAACAAAACCAGUAUAUUACCUGAAUCAAAAUAUCAGUACUACAACUGUAAGAAUAAUAUUACUAUUGGAGAUUGAGAUCAUCUUGAUUGUUGUUUUAGCACCUGUUCUCCCUGGUGCAUACUAUCCCAGUGGCCACAGCCAGGGGCACAGCUACAUGCAUCAGACCAGCAUGCAUUCACUGAGGUCACAACACAGGGGCCUGACUGUGUACAGGGCCCUGUAUGACUACACAGCGCAGGAUUAUGAUGAGGUGUCAUUCCGGGAUGGUGACAUCAUUCAGAAUGUGCAGCCGAUCGAUGAAGGCUGGAUGUAUGGAACGGUACAGCGGACGGGAAAGUCUGGUAUGCUGCCUGCUAACUAUGUAGAGGGCAUUCGCUAGUUGAUCCUGCAUCUCUCUCGCUGAACCUCAAAUCAAACACCAUAGCUGAAUGGUCAUUAAAUGGUCACAGGUACAGCUCUAUUUUAUUAGUCCGAAUUGUUCCACUUUGUGUUUGUUACAUUUUUUUAUUUUGUUAUUCUGAACGUCCAGUGUAAGUGAAUGUACUCUGCUGUUCAAAAGUUUGUUGUCUGUAAGCUUUUUAUUAUUAGUUAUUUUUUAAUGAUUACUUUUAUUCAGCAAGGAUGAAUUAAUUUGAGCAAAAGUGACAGUAAAGAUGUUUACAUUGGCGUAAAACAUUUCUAUCUUGAUCUUUUAAAAUUUCUAUUCAUCAAAAAUUCC